CCUGCGUAGCUUUCCAACAAAGCACACAAGCACGGACACGUUACUCUCCCUAAUCCAUCAUCUGACACAGCUGCUCCGUAGCUACUAUCCCAACAUCAGAGCAAACACUGCAGAGGUAUAAAACCUCCCCCGGGUGAGUCCUGCUUGGUUUGGAGGCUACCAGACCUAUAAAGGAUGAAGACUUCUCUUCUUGUCGUGCUCGUCCUAGCCCUGUGCACAGGUUUUGCUUUCUCCCUUACCUGCUUCACGUGCAAAGAUGCAACUUCCAACAUCCACUGCCUGAGUAUCACCACAUGUGCUGAGAACGAGAAGUACUGCCUCACAAGCUAUUCCACCACAGGAUAUGGCAACAACCACAACCAGCGCAUUACCAAGAAAUGCUCUGCCUAUUGCCCAACAGUUGACCUGAACAUUGGCAUAGCUGGAAUUGCUACCAGCUGCUGCGAGAGCAACUUGUGCAACAUCAGCGGUGCCGCCAGCGUGAAGACCAGCUACACCGUGAUAGCUCUGGGGGUCUUGGCCAGCCUCGCCUGCAUCUUCCGAAUGGGUUUUUAAAGGGUGCUGGGUGGUAAGGAGCUGCUUGACCUUGUCUUGCAAGGGAUCGAGCUCCCCUCUGUACAGUCUGAUUGCUGCCCCGCUUCUCCUACCUUGGCAGGUCACAUCCCAUCAGCAAACAUUUUGGCUCUUCCCACGCUCAAGAGCGCAGCCCUACCUCAGAAGGGUUUUUGGAAGAGGAAGGUAUGCUGUGGAGAUCUGCACAUGCAGAAGGGCCCCAUAUAGUCACCACCUCUCCUAAUAUCUGCCUCAAUAACUCCAUGCACUUUUGUACCCCUUGGUUUUAGCCCUGUAAUCUUCCCCUUCAUAUCAUUUUCUGCCCUGUAUCAUUUUUGCUCUGAGAAAGCCUUUAAUAUUACAGUUAUUAAGGAGAAGCCAGGCACAAUAAAAGUGUUGUUUUAUUCAGUGGUGUGACUGUGUGCUGUGGGACGCUGGGUGUGGUGGCCAGAUGCAUC